UGCACUGCAGUUUGAAGUAAACUAACUAAACUAAACCCUCUCCGGACCGGAUGCUUUACCUGUCAGCGUCAGCUUUGAAGAUGGGAUUUGAUUCUGAAAUUGUUACGAUUUUGCCUAUUAGAUACUGUUUCAUCCAAGUUUUCUAGUAGUUCUUCUCUUAAUUUAUAUUGGUGUCACUAUUCAUUUUCGUACAAUGAAAGUCUUGAAGUGAUGAGGCCUACCCCAUACUGACUUGGUUAGCCCUACUUGAACAUUUCUGUUGAGGGACCCUAUGUAAAAUGUCUUGUUUGCUGAGAUUUGUGAAGCAUUACCAUAAAGCUGUGGGCUUCAGUUCUACUUAUGUUCAAUUUAAACCUUCUAACUUAUAUUAUAAUAUUUACCGAAAUUCAAGUAAUACAAAACUGUUGACACAUAACCUAUCAACAUUAAAACACAGUAGUUGUGACUCUAUACUUCUCAGUAAUAAAAACAUUAAUUUUGAUUUUAUCAUAGUUCAAAGAAGGUACUUUUCUUUAAGAGAAUCGUUUGAAUCUGCUGUAGCUUCACAUACUACUGUGUUUAAGGUAAUAUCAGAAAGUUCAGUAGUUCAAUUUACACAAAGUCUUGUCGUUGAUUUUCAUAACACUACUGGUUUACCAUGGUGGUUGUCAAUUGUAGUCCUUACUUGCUUAGUUCGAUGUUUCAUCACUCUUCCUCUUGCUAUUUAUCAGAGCUAUGUAAUUGCAAGACUUGAAAAUAUAAAAAAAGAAAUGGAAGAAAUAACAAAUAACUUGAAGUAUGAAGUUGAUAGAGAAAUGAGAAAGAAUAGAUUCACAGAAAAGAAAGCAAGAGCACACUUUUAUGCAACUACGAAAAAGGAGUGGAAACGUUUGAUUGAGAGGGACAAUUGCCAUCCUGUAAAAGUCUCAGUCCUCGCCUUGAUCCAGAUACCAACUUGGAUUGUCUUUUCAGCAUCUUUCCGCAACUUGGUUUAUAUGUUACCUCAGCAAGACGCAGCUGCUGCCUUGAUCAAACUGAGCUUGUCCAUGGGAGGUUUACCGUGGUGUACAGACCUAACUGUAUCAGACAGCUUUGUCAUCCCAAUAGCUCUGGGCCUAACUAACCUGGCUAUCAUAGAGAUACAAUCCAUGAUGCACCUGGGAGAGAAAACUAGGCUUCGUAGAUAUAUUGCAAACUUUUUCCGUGGCUUCGCAGUAUUCAUGAUCCCUGUCGCAGCAACAGUACCAUCGGCAGUGUCGCUGUAUUGGUUGUCGUCCAGUGUCAUCAGCUUGGGUCAGAAUCUAAUAGUAGUCUCUCCUAGAGUACGGAGGUUCUUCAAUUUCCCCCCCACCUCAUCCUUCAACCCUCAUCCAUACUCUCACCUCGCCCAACAGAUAAAGAGUAAGUUCAGAAGUUAACUGAUCUGAUCACAAAGUAAACGUUUUAGCAAAGC